AGAUGCUUGGGUGAAGAGACGCCUCAACACCUUCAGUUUUUUUCACAAGAAAGAAGGCAAGCUUAAGGUCCAGUUGGCUUUUCAGAAACUUUACACUGAGAAACUUUGCUUGAGUCUUCUUCAUAGAAAUGGCACCUUCUUUGUUCCAGCUCUCUGGAUUGUUUUGGACUGCCUUGGGGCUCUUGCUUGUAGCCACAGACUCUGCCACUUCUCUGACACUGAAACGUGCCCGCUUCAUUGCUGCACGACGGGGUGCGACUAUUUCCUUCAGCUGCUCCUUUGACUCUCUGUCAAACUGGUACAAGGAAACUGAGAAUGACAAGCAUGAGAAGGUGGUGAACAAUUCCAGAAUCCAGAUGAUCAGAAAUGACACAGUGAUGAUGAUGCAAAUCCGAAAGCUCCAACACGUGGACGGUGGCAUUUACUCCUAUGAGAGAAACAAGUCAUACAGGGGUGGAAAAAUGCAGCAGCAGAACUGUGGCACUGAGCUCAGAGUCAUGGGUGUCAGCACUUUUGAGCAAGUGCAAAGACGGCACACUCUGAAAGAUGCCAUCAUUGUGGUUCAGACGAUUCUUCUUGUCUUAUUUCUGAGUAUGCCUCUGUUCCUAACCGUGGGGAAGGGCGAGAGCAAGGAAGCAUCUGCUGAAGACCACACUUAUGAGGGGCUGGCAGUUGAACUAGCUGAUACGUAUGAAGAUAUUACAACUUACCAGGACACUGCACAGAAGUGGGAUUUGGGAGAGCAUCCAUGUGAAGAGUGAAAGACUUUGCAGCAUUUUCAGCAAGGUGGGCCACGCCUCUCCUGACUGAUGAGACGACCAUUCCUGUUGCGUGGCUACCAUCCAAAAUUCUACUUUAGGAAGACAUGGGUAGGAAUUAGUUGGUGCUUGGCAUCAGUACUCUUGAGACCUCUCUCAUUUUCAUGAUAUAGCAUUAGUUGAACAUCUAUACCCACAUGCCCCAGAUUCCUUGGGAUUGCUGAUUAUAGACACAUCCAACGAGGAAUCAGUCCUGAUCUGUGAGCCAUCUGCUGUUGGUUCCUGAGAGUUUCUAAUGGAUAUGAACUUGGUAGCAAUGCUUUGGUCCCCAUAUUAACUAAGAAGCAUUUAAGAAGCAUUACUAUAGGGCAAAGCCCUCUAAAAAGAAAAAAAACCCUAUUGAAUAUGCAUAUAUGCGUAGAUUGGUAUUUCACAUAUUAUUUUAAGCUGGGUUCCUCUAUAAGAGAAGAAUGUGGAAAAGGAACAUUACAUCCUCUAAUUUGAUGAAUUCCGUCAAUUCAUCUCAAUAAAGUAUAAUAGGUUUUAAUGUAGUAAUUCAAAAGUUAACAUUAGUACUUUUUUAAAAUGCCCAAAAGAUGACAUAAGGCAUGGUCGGUUGAGAAGUCCCCUCACCCCCCAGUUACACUUCUGAAUCUCAGAUUCAUCUCAGGCAGCUAUGUUUGUACUUCUGAUUAGCCGCUUCUCAAGACACUGUACCCUUCCUAAUAGUCUAGUUACUCCAGCAGUCCAAAAUGGUACAUCACAUCUAGAGAAAACCUACUAUAUUCAUGACAAAACCAUAGCUCAAAUAGUCUUUUAAUAAAGCUAAAACUUGUGGUGCUUUACAGAGUUUGCUCUUGUUUUUCUGAGAUUUGCUGAACCAGAUCCCUUUCUUUCCUGUUGCCUCACAAAGCUUCCUCCUGUAUGCAGCAGGGGAAUGGAUGUUCAGAGUAGAAAAAAGGAGCCACCCGCACAAGCGAAGACAGGAUGGAGUGUAAUUUCCAUAACAGGGUUUCAGUUCUGCCUGUCGUGCCCACCUUGGGCUGACACUCUACCUCCCCCCAGGGAUUGAAGGCAUUACUUAUUUGGACAACAGGUCCCCACAAUCCCUGCCAGUAUAGCCAUUAGUCACAUUUUUACAAUUUAGAGCUUUCCUUGGACUUUAAGAAUGCAUCCAUUCCAAAAGGUUGAUAUAUGCUGCAAUUUGUAGUAAAUGAAAGUUUGCCCACAUUUUAAAAUGAGCAAAUGCCCCCUUUCUUUUCUUUGUUCAGAAAAGCUGAAACUAAGCUAAGCCAACUGGAACGUAGGUUCCAGUCUUAAUACAAAUCAAAAUGCAACGGUGAUCAAAGAAGGAUCUUUUAGUCAGAUUGCCUACAUACACAUUACAGUAGAGUCUCACUUAUCCAAGACUCGCUUAUCCAAGGUUCUGGAUUAUCCAAUGCAUUUUUGUAGUCAAUGUUUUCAAUAUAUCGUGAUAUUUUGGUGCUAAAUUCGUAAAUACAGUAAUUACAAUAAAACAUUACUGCGUAUUGAACUACUUUUUCAAAUUUGUUGUAUAACAUGAUGUUUUGGUGCUUAAUUUGUAAAAUCGUAACCUAAUUUGAUGUUUAAUAGGCUUUUCCUUAAUCCCUCCUUAUUAUCCAAGAUGUUCACUUAUCCAAGGUUCUGCCGGCCCGUUUAGCUUGGAUAAGUGAGACUCCAGUAUACUUCCAGUAUUGGAGGCAGUAUACCUUAGAAUGCCAGUUACUGGGGAAUACGAUUGUGAGAGUGCUGUCACACUUGUGUCCAGGUGGUGGGCUUGCCAAGGGCAUGUGAAACAGAGCAGUGGAUUUUAGUCUCAUCUAGCACAGCUCUUUUUAAAAAAUUCUUAACAUGCUCUGACAUGAAAUGAAAAUGCUCUUUAAAAUACUUUGCAAGAUAGUCAACUCAAAAGCCUGUACAUAGUUGUGAAUUUUGAAUUAUCCUAAUAAAGUUAUCACUCUUAAUAAGAA